AUGAAUGGAUUUAUAUUAAAAAUAUUAAGAUUUCUAAUAAAUAAAUUUGGUCAGAAAUAUAUUAAGAUAAUUAAAAAUAUUCAUGUAUAUAAUUUAAAACAUAUCAUUUUUGAAGACAUUGAAUUUAAUAACAUAUCCAUAAAUUGUGUAAGCGAUCAACAAGAUAAUCAUGAUUUUAAUAAUAAUGAAAAGAAUAAUAAGAAUGAAGAAUAUGAUGUACAAGAUAAACAUGGUGAAGAAAAAAAGAAAAAAAAAAACAUCAAUAGAUUUACUGAAUAUUUAUUAUAUUUAAAAACGUUGGGUUUGAAAAAAGAAAAAAUUCUUCUUAACAUUGGUUAUAUAGAAAAAAUUGAAAUCUUUUUUAAUAAUGGCUCCUCUUUUUUUUAUAACGGUAUUACAAUAAAUAUAGAAAAUAUUUUUGUAAAUUUAAAAUAUGUAGAGGACUAUGAAUCAGAUGAAACAAAAAUUCUACAAGAAAAAAAGAGUCAACCUGAUGAUGAUAAUAAAUUUAGAAAGAAUCAAGAUGUAGAGGAUAAUCAUUUAUUUUGUAAUAAUAACAUAAAUUCAUGUGAUGAUAUACCAAGCAGAAAUAUAACAUACGAUAAUAAUAAUAAUAGUAAUAAUAAUAAUAAUAAUAAUAGUAAUAAUAAUAAUAAUAAUAAUAAUAAUAAUAAUAAUAAUAAUGGAAGAAAUUCAUCAUAUAAUAUAGAAACAUAUAAUAAUUUGAAUAGAAUAGAUAAUAACACGGAUAUAAUAAAUAAAAAUACAAUAUUGAUGUUUUUUGUUUCAAUUUUAUUAUUUUUAAAUUUAAUAAAGAAUAAGUUUAUUGAAAAUGUAUAUUUUUUGAUAAGUUUUAUUUUCGAAUUAUUUGUAGAAGAUAGUAUUUGUACAAAGAUAAAAAAUAUGAUUCUGUUAUUUAUUAUGAAACGUUUUGUUUGUAUAGAUAUAAAAAAUAUAAAUAUAAUUUUUGAAGAUAAUAUAAUAAAUAAUGAAGAGAAAUUAUUUUUUUCUUUUUGUAUUAAAAGAAUACAUGUAGAUAAUAUAAAUUAUAUAAAAUAUUUACGAAAAGAACUAAGAGAAAAAAGUAUGGAUCCAAUCAAUGUGUUAUAUUUAAUAAACAAUAAAAAAAAGAAAGAAAAAAAAAAAAGAAAAACAGAAUUAUUAAAUAUAAAGGUUGAUGAUAUAAGUAUUUAUCAUGAUUAUAGACAUGAACAUAUAAGUUCAACAGAUAUACAUUUAAAAAAAAGAAAAUAUAAAUUCUUCUUUUUUUAUAAUAUGAAUUUUUUUCAUAAGGAUAAAAAUUGUAUAUUACAAAAAACAAGUAUUAUUAUUCAUAUUUAUAAGGAUAGAGGAGCAGUACAUAUGAAUCUCCUGAAGCAGAGGGAAAAGGUAUUAACAAGUGAGUUGCCUACUAACAAUAUGUAUGGUGACAAUAUUUAUGGUAACGAUAUUUUUGAUCAUUAUCGUGCAUAUAAAAACAAAACGGAAGAGACUUAUUAUUUUGAUUUGCUUAUCCCAAGAAUUUAUAUUAAUAUGUCGAAUGAACAUUUUUUUAAAUUAUUUAUGUUUAUAAAUAAAUAUUUAAAUUUUUUUAAUAUAAACAACAAAAUGGAGGAGCAUAAAAAGAAAGAGGAAAAAAAAAAAAUUAGAAAUAAUUAUGUAACAUAUAAAAAAAAUCAUAUAGAUAAAAGGAGUGAUGUACCUUUUAUAUAUUUAAAAAAACGAAGAAAGGAUAUAUUUGUUGUUAAUAAAAAGAGAUAUAUAGAAUGUAAUAUAAACAUAAACGAAAUCAAAAUGAAUUAUUUGUAUGGUGAAGGAGAGUGUGUUAUUUUUUUUUAUAAAAACAUAAGUACUGUGUGUUGUAUAAAGGGACAAACGUAUAAAUGUAUAAAAAACAAAAGCAUACAUACUAAAUAUAGGAAAAAAUAUAGAAAUUAUAAUAACAAAAUUAUUUGUAAUAAUAACAAAAUGAUUUCUAAUGAUAACAAAAUUAUUUGUAAUGAUAACAAAAUGAUUUGUAAUAAUAACAAAAUGAUUUGUAAUAAUAACAAAUAUGUGUAUAAUUUAAAAAGUUUUAUAUUUCUUAUGGACGAGAUGUUUAUAAAAGAAACGCACUCCCAAUUAUCUUUAUGUAUUGACCAAAAGGAGGAUCCUAUUUUUCAUUUUUUAAAAAGACAAAGAAAAUAUAAAAAAAUAGAAUACAAUCAAAAUGUUAGUAAGAAUAUAUUAUUCUCAUGUAAUAAAAAUAUAGAUACUAAUGAAAAGAACAUAAAGGAUCUUUUUUAUACAAAGAAUUCAACGGAAGAUACAAUUUGUAGUAACCUUAGUAAUAAUAAUAAAAAUAAAUAUAGUUUGUGUUUUCAUUUUAUCAAAAAAAAUAAUAAAAAGAAAAAAAAUCAUUGUGAUAAUAAUAUGAAUGUACAUAUAGAAAAUAUAAAUUUAGAAAUUUGUAAAAUACAUAAUCUAUAUUAUGUUGUCGACAGAUUAUUUGAAAGAAAGUUAUAUUAUAUAUUUAAUAAUUUAUUUCCAUUGAACAAAAAAAAAGAAACAAAUUCAUUAGCAAGUGAAUAUAAUAAAUAUAAUGAGAAUUAUUAUAAACAUAAAAAACUUUAUAUCAAUAAAUCUGUUGAUCAGAAGGAAGAUGAUCUAUGUUAUGAUGAUAGGAUAAAAAAAAAAAUGGAUAUACAUAAAAAUACAAAUAUAACUAUAUUAAUAAAAAGUAUACACAUUGAACUUAAGAAAUGUAAUAUAACUUCUUUACAUAUAUUUUAUGAUGAUAUAUAUUUUUAUUACAGAAAUUAUGAUGAUCAUCAUAUGAAUAGAGAUAACAAGUUAAUGAAUAUAAUACAUAAAAAGAAACAUAAUGUAUAUAAUUGUUUUAAAAAGUACACGAAAUAUAUAAAAGAUGAAAAUUAUGAAAAAAAAAAAAAAAAAAAAAAUAUUUAUAUUUUUUCAAAAAUUACUAAUAUAUAUAUGUUACUUAAACAUAAUAAAAAGGUACAUCUUUUAAUAUGUCCAUUUUCGUUUUUCUUUUCUGUUUAUAAAGAAAAAAAAAAUAAAAAGUAUCAAAUAAAAUUAAAUGUUAUAUCUUUAAUAUUAGAAAUUAAUGUACAUAUAUUAAAUAUUUUGAAAUAUUUAUUUGAACGUGAAAUAGAGGAAAAAGAACUAUGUAAUUUUGAUCAUACGAUAUAUGAAGCUGGAAAUAUUAUUGUGCCAUGUUGUUACGGUGGAGGGGAUCAAAAUAAAGAACAACAUAAAGAGAGAGAGAUCAAAAAAGAUCCAAGAAAUGUACAAAAUUACAAUAUUUAUUAUAAGAAAGAAUCAGAAGAAAUAAAAUAUUUUUUUCGAGAUGAAAAUCUUAUACAACAAGAAAUCAAUUAUUUAUAUGGAUCUUUAAACAUGUUUUAUGAAAAUAAUGAUUUUAUAAGAUAUGAUAAAAGUAAAGAAACAGAAACAAGUACAUUUACCUUUUCAACUAUUGAUCUUUUUAAUUUUUUUAAUAAAACAAAUGUAAAAUGUACUUUUUAUUAUAUUUAUAUAUAUUUCUUUUUCAUGAAUAAGAAUAAAUCAGGAGGAAUAAGAAAUGAACAAAUAAAUAAAUUACAAAAAUAUAAUAAUAAAAUAAAAAAAAAAAAAAAAAACCAUCAUCAUAAUGAUAAUAAUAAUAAUAAUAAUAAUAAUAAUUACAUUCAUAUGGAUAGUAUGUUAACUUUUAUUAAAACGGAUGUAAAACAAAAAAAUAUAUACAUAAACAAAAAUGUAGAAAUAUUCUAUUUGAAAUAUGAAAUGAAUAAAUUACGUUUUUGUUUUCUUGUUAACCAUAUGAAUUGUAUGGAUGAAACGGGAAAAAAUAAGAACCUUAAUAAAAUGAAUCAAAUGAAUAAAAUGAAUCAAAUGAAUAAAAUGAAUCAAAUGAAUAAAAUAAAUAAAAUGAAUAAAAUAAAUCAAAUGAAUCAAAUGAAUCAAAUGAAUAAAAUAAAUCAAAUGAAUCAAAUGAAUCAAAUGAAUCAAAUGAACAGAAUGAAGAAUACAUAUUUAUUAUCAAACAAACUAUUUAUCAAAAGCUCAAUUUUAUAUUUCAAUUUUCAUUUUAAUCCCAUAUUAUUAUUUCCUAUUAUUUAUAAGGGGGCUUCUAUUUAUGUAUGUCUUCAUAAUGUCAAGGAACAAAAAAUAUUAGACAUGAAAUUUGAUAAAGAAAAAAAUUAUGAGAUGAGCAAACAUUUGUUUAAUAAGGAUGAAGAUAAUAUUACAGAAGGAAUUAGAUAUAUAAACAAUAAUAAUAGAAAAUGUAAAAAAAAAAAAAAAAAUGAUAUAAAUGUUAUAGGUAGUAAUAAUAAUAUUUGUAAUGAUAAUCGUAUGUACAACAUUGUUAAUAUUUCUUUGGAAAAGUCAUAUGAACAUUGUAUGUACAUAAAACACAAAUGUUUAUUAAUAUUCUUAGAUAACCCAUCGAAAUAUAAAAUAAAAAAAAUAAACAAGCACAUAUUCUUGUUUAGUUUUGAAAAGGUACAUAUAUAUAUAUAUGAUUUUUUCGUAAACGUUUUUUAUUAUCUUGAUUUAUAUUAUUCAAAUAUGAAAAAAGAAAAACAAAAGAAAAAGAAAAAGAAAAAUAUUAAUAUACAAAAAAGUAAAUGUAAUGAUAAUUAUUUAUUAAAAAUGUUGGAAGACAGGAAUAUUAUAUUAUAUAUAUUAAAAAAUUAUGGAAAGCAUAUUUCAAUUUGUAACAAAUUAAUAAAACAUAAAAAAAAUAUUUUGUUAUUUUAUAAUAUAAUGGAGCAUAUAUAUAAAUUCAUUUUAUAUUUUGUUAUAAAGAAGUUGCACAUUUCGUUUAUGUUUUAUGAAUCCCCUAAUGAUCAUGAUAAUAAUAAUAAUAAUACAAAUAAUACAAAUAAUAUGAGCAAGAGUAAUCAUAUUUUGUUAAUGUCAUGUCAUGAAACAUAUAAACAAAUGUGGUGCGGCGAUCAUUAUAAGGAACACUUCAAAUUUAAGGUGGAUAACUUUGUUAUACAAUGUAAAACGAAUAUGUUAUAUGUAAGAAAAAAAAAAAAAAAAAUAAAUAAUGAUAAUAUAAAUAAUAAUGGUAAUAAUUAUCGUAAUAAUUAUCGUAAUAAUUAUCAUCAUUACAAUGUAAUAACAAAGAAAUGUACCAAUAUAAAAUGUCGUAAUAAUAAAUGCUGUACACAAAAUGUACACAAAUUAAAUAACAGCUUUAUAUUAUCAAAACACAAAAAAAAAAAAAAAAUAGAUAACGAGAAACCAAACGAACUCGCUAACGACAAAGAUACACAGAAUUGUUUAUAUAUAACAAAGUUUCUUUCAAAUAUUUUUUGUAGUCACCUGAAAAUUAUAAAAUAUAAUACAUAUAAAAAGGGUGAUGAGGAAAAAGUAAAUCGUUUUAAUAAUACACAUGAUGAAUAUCAUAACAAGUUAUUAAAUUAUCAAACUACAUGUGAACUAGCUAAAAAGGAGUUUUCCUUAACAUUUAAUAAUAUGAAAAAUAUAGAAAAGAAAAAAGAGAAAAGAAAAAAAAAAAAUCUUUUUAAAUCUAACAAAAUUAAUUUUAUACUUUCAUAUAAGUAUAAUUUUAUUGUCUAUUUAAAUGUGGAUAAAGUAUCCUUUUAUUAUCAUAUGUAUAUGUUUAUAAAUAAUCACAUAGAUUAUUAUAUAAAAUUAUUUCUACAGAUACGAAAAAAUGAAUUUCUAAAUAAUUUUUUUCCCAUACAAAAAUAUGAAAGAGAAAUCAGACAUACGUAUGGUGAUAAAUAUGUGGAAGAUAUCAUAACUUUUUUAAUAAAAAAAAAAAAAUUUGUAUUUAAACAAGGGGAAGACAAAAAAAAGAUGAGGAUACAAUAUGACAAUGAUAUGAUAUCAUGUGGUAAUAUGAGAUGUGAUGAUAUAUCAUGUCGUAAUAUAACAUAUGAUGAUAUAUCAUGUGGUAAUAUAUCAUGUGGUAAUAUGAGAUGUAAAGAAAAAAGAUCCAAUGUUCAUAAUAAUGAAGAUAACAAUAAUAUCAUUGAUUUGUCCUUGUUUCAUUACUUAUGUAACUUAUUUCUUGUUGAAAAGGUUUAUAUUAACAUAAAUAAUAUUAAAUGUAUGUAUACAUAUAUUUGUAAUAUAGACCGUACAAAUAAGAAUUCGGAGAAAAUAAGAAAAAAGGAAAAAAGGAAAUGCAAAAGCAAAAAAUAUGAAAAAGAAAUAUUAGUAUUAAAAGUAAAAAGAUUGAAAACUAUUUUAAUGAAGGAAGAAUAUAAUAAAUAUAAUAAAUUGAAUAUAUUUAAUAAAAAUAUAAUAAAUGUUGUAUAUCUAUUUAAAAGUAAAAUAUAUAAUAUAAAUAUAUAUCUAAGAAAUAUAAAACAGAAAAAAAAUGAUUUAUUAUUUUAUACAAAUUAUUUAUGUUUUAUUUAUAAAUUUAUAAUAAUCUUAAACAAUAUGAAUAGCACACACAAAUUUUUUUUUUUACAAUAUUUUUUGAACAAGGACAUAAAAAAUAAGAUGAUUAAAAGAAAAGAAAAAAAAAAAAACUCAGCAUUUUAUUAUGUACCACAAAUGUAUUCUGAACAAAAGAAAUGUAAGUUGCUUUUUCAUAUUAUUAGAAAUAUUCAAAAACAUAUAAUUUCAAAAAAAAAGAAAAAAGAAAGUUUACUUCUUAUAAAUAAUGAAAGUAUACAUUUUAAAAUAAAAUUUAAUAUAAUGUCGUACAAAAAAUAUAAAAUGAAUGAAGAUAGGAAGAUACAAUCUAGUGUUUACUUUUUCAUAAAUGAAAAAAAUAUUUUAUAUUUAAUUAAUUUUUAUUAUAAUGUGAUAAUGUUGAUGGAUUACGGUCAACUCGUCUAUUCGAAUUAUGUAAAGAAAUAUAAUGAUUUGGAAGGAAGCGACGAAAUAUACAAACGUAAGAUAAAAGGAAAUGGUCCCCAUGAUGGUUAUGAAAAUAUUUAUAGAGAUGGACAUAUUUAUGGACAUGAACAUAUUUAUGGACAUGAACAUAAUUAUGGACAUGAACAUAAUUAUGGACAUGAACAUAAUUAUGGACAUGAACAUAUUUAUGGACAUGAACAUAAUUAUAGAGAUGAACAUAAUUAUAGAGAUGAACAUAAUUAUAGAGAUGAAAAUAUUUAUAGAGAUGAACAUAUUUAUGGACAUGAACAUAUUUAUAGAGAUGAACAUAUGUAUAAACAUCCAGACGAAAAUUUAUCAUAUAAUAUAAAAUAUAUGAAUAGCACAAGUCAUCAUCUAGAUUUCAAAAAAGAUGAUUAUCGUAUUCAUUAUGAUAAUGAAUUUACAUAUGAAUCAUGUGAUAUGAAUAAUAUGUUAAAAGAUAAUGUGUUAGGAAACAAGACAAAAAAAAGUAAAAUAAAGAAUACAUAUAUUAAAAAAAAAAAUAAUAAGUAUUUUAUAAAUAAAAAGAUACGAAAUAAAUAUCAAGAUAUUUACUAUAUAUUAUAUAUGAAUAAAAAAAAAAAAAAAAUAAAAAUUAAUAAGAUGAAAAAGCAAAACAAAAGAGAUAAACAGAGGUUAACAAAAUAUCCUUUUUCAUAUAUAAUAAAUACCAAAAAAAAAAAAAAUAAAUAUGUAAUAUCGAAUAAUAAUAUGUUAGAUAGAAUAAUAAAUUCAUUUGAUUCUUUACAAAUAAAAAUAAAAAACGUGUUCUUCUUUUUUUAUACAUGUAACAUGAAUAUGUAUAUAGGAAUAUUUAUUACAAAUAUUAAAUCAUUAUUAUUAAAUAAUAAUAUAUAUAUCAAAAAUAAUAAAAUACAUGUUAAUAAUAAUAACAAAUUGUAUGCUAAUAAUAAUAACAAAAUGUUUGUUAAUAAUAAUAACAAAAUGUUUGUUAAUAAUAAUAAUAAAACCUGUUAUUAUCAUAUAAAAUAUAUACAAGAAAUUAAUAAAUGUAUUAUAUUUACUAGAGAUAAUUAUUUAGAUAAUGCAAAGACGAAACAUUCCAUUUUUGAAAUAUUUAAUACGUUAAAUAAAAAAAAAAAUAAAUCUAUUUAUUUAUCACCCUUGUUUUUUUUUUUAAAUAAAUAUCAUAAUAAAAAGAACGGACAUGAUGUAAUAAAUGGUUCAAAAUAUGGGAGUUAUGAAUAUCUAGAUAAGAGGAUGGAAAGAAGUAAAUAUUCCUUGAAGCAUACGGACAAGAAAAUGUUAAAUACAUAUGACAUGAUAUAUUUUAAAAAGGAGAAUAUGAAAACCUAUACAAAUAUAAAUGAAUCUAAAAAAAAAAUUAGAAGAAAAGAGAAAAAUAUGUGUGUUUCUAAAAAAGGGAGCUCUAUAUAUCCACAGGAAUAUUUUGAUAAUAGUUUUCCAAAUUUAUUAUAUUUAUUUUAUUAUAAUAUGAAUAAGAAAAAAAAAGAAAAAAAAAAAUUAGAUAUAAAUAAUUAUAAAUUAUCUACAUUUUUUUUUAAUUGUGUAUAUAAGAUGAAACGAAACAUUUAUAACAAAUAUUAUGAAACAAUACAAAAUAAUAAAUUGAAAUUUGUAAAUAUACAAAACGUGAAUACAACAACAUGUUCUUUUUAUUCUCCAUAUCUCAUAUAUUUAGGAAAUAAUACAACGAACUAUAUGAAUAUAGAAAACCAUGAUGAGAAAAAGGUAAAUGAACGAACAUGCGUUUCUUUUUUAAAAAGGAGAGUAGAAAAGAAGAGGAAUAAAAAACAAAUGGUGAUAAAUAUUAAAUAUUAUAAAAAAAUAAAUAAUCAAAAGGGAAAAAUGAAAAAUAAAAAGAAAAUAAAAAGAAAAAAUCAGCAUACAAAACAGCAUACAAAACAACAUACAAGAGAACAUACAAGAGAACAUACAAGACAACAUACAAAACAACAUACAAGACAACAUACAAAACAACAUACAAAACAACAUACAAAACAACAUACAAAACAAAACAAUAUUCAUUAUAGUGGUCAUAAUAAUUUAACCACGUGUAUGUCGUACGAACCAUCAAUACGUCUCACCUUUAAACAUACAUUCCAAAAUCUCAAUAUCUAUUUACCAUUAUAUAUAAUUGUGGAAAUCAAUAAAAUUAUAAAAGCUUCAAAAAUAAUAGGAUUAUUAAAUUGUAAAUAUAAAAAUAAUUUUAUACAAAGCAUAAAAAAAAAAAAAAAAAUUCAAGAUGAUAAGGAUAAACAAAUAUGUAAAACACAUGGUGUGGAGAGUUGUAAUAAUAUUUAUAGAAACAACAUUCCACAAAAAGUAUUAAUUACUUAUAAUUUUAAAUUACAUUUUGUAGAUAGCAAGCUCCAUUUUUUAUCACCGUCUGUUUUUUUAAUAAACAAUGUAAAAGAAAAAGAUGAAACGUUUGAUAAAAUGAACAUAUUUGAAAGUAAAAUAAAAAUAGGAAGGGUUAAAAAUAAAAUAUAUAGAGAACCUAUAGACCAACAUAAUAUUAAAAAUUGUGAACAACCGAAUGAUAUAUUAUAUACAUAUGAGUUAAAAAAAGAUAAAGAAAAUAAUGUCAUAAAUAAAAAUAAAAGAAAUAUUAGAAAGGAUAAAAAGUAUCAAAGUAGUUGUGAUGGUUCUACUACUUUAUAUAAUAGCUAUUUAAAAAAAGCAGAAGAAAAGAAAAAAAAAAAAAAUGUAGAUAGAAAAAGAAAAAGAAAGAAAAAAAAAAAUGUAUAUUUAUUAUUAAAAAGAAGAAGAGAACAAUAUAAUGAAGAGAAUUUAAAUAAGAAAAUUUUUUUAUAUGACAUAUUUUUAAGUGCAAAUUGUAAGGUUCAUAUUAAAAAAACGAGUGGUAAAAAGAAAUAUGUAUAUGAAGAUAAUAGGAAUAAUAUGGAGAAUAAAAAUAUAAACAACAACAAUAAUGAUAAUAUAAACAACAACAAUAAUGAUAAUAUAAACAACAACAAUAAUGAUAAUAUAAACAACAACAAUAACAAGAACAAUAAUGAUAAUGAUAAUAUUAACAAUAAUGAUAAUAUUAACAAUAAUAAUAAUAAUAAUGAACAACAUGUGGUUCAUAAUUUCAUACCGAUAAAUAAAAUAAACGUACAAAUAUCCGUAAAACAUCUAAAAAUAAAUUUAGGUUUAUUGUAUACCUAUAUACAUACAAUUAAUAUGAUAAAUAUUAUAUUAGUAGAAACGAUAAAUGAUAAUUAUAUUUUUAAUAUUAAUAAAAGAAGUAAUAAAUAUUAUUUAAAUUUAGAAAAUGUACAUAAAUUUAAUUUAUUAAAAAAUGUGAUGAAUGUUAUAUAUUUAUUUAAUGAGAACAAAAGGACAAGCAUAAAUUAUAUUAAAUUUAAAUCCUAUUGUGUAUAUAAUAUAAUAGAAAUGACGAAUAUGUUUUUCUUUUAUAAACAAUAUUAUUAUGAGCUAAGGGAAGAGGAAUAUAAUAAUACAAAUAUAUAUGUGUCGAAUAAAAAAUGGAAACAUCAAAACUCUUAUAUACCUUUUAAGAAGAGACAUAUAUCGGAAGAUUAUGAAACUUUAAUGAAAAGACGAAAAUUUUUUAGAAGCGUAUCUAUACAUGAUCUGAAGAAUAAUAAAAAUUUAUUUAUGCCUGGAGAUAACACCAGUAUUUAUGAUAAUACAGAUGAUGGUAUAAAUAAUAAGAUGCAUAAUCAUUAUAUUUUUAAUAAUAAUAAAAAUAAUAUUAGUGAAUAUGUUUAUGAUAAAGAUACACAUACACAUACCAAUAUAUCAUCUGAAUAUUACAAAAAAAAAAAAUACGAUACACAUAAUGAUUUUCGUACCAUGUUAAUAAAUAAUCACAAUAAUAAUAUAUAUAGUUCUAACAAAGAUUACACAAAUUAUAAUGAUGAAAUAUUAAAAGUUGAAAAGAAAUUAAAUGAAAUAUCAAAAACGUAUGAAAAAAAUAAUAAAAACAAAAAAAUGUUUACACCUAAAAAUGGACAUACAUAUAUAAUGGAUCAUAAUACAAAUAAACCUUUGUAUAAUUCUUUUUUUAAUAAUCAUAUAUAUACACAAGAAGAAGAAAGAAAAAGUACCGAUAUAAAACGCACAAAUAAUAUGAUAGGAAUAAAUAAAAAUCAUUUCAAUAUAAUUAUUAGCACCUUACAAUAUUGUAUAAAUAAUAAUGACCUUUUAAUUUUUAAAUAUUUCUUAGAAGACAUAGAUGAAGUAAACAAAAAAUUAAAAACAAAUAAAAUAUAUGCAUGUAAGUAUAAUUAUAACGGUAUUAUUAUCUCUUCAAAAUUUAAAAAAAAUAUAAAAGACAUGAAUAGUAGUUAUUCGGACGAAGCGCACGAGAACAAUCAACAUGGGGGAUAUUAUAAAAAAGGGGGAAAAAAAAAAAAAACGCAUAGGAAUAAUCAUGUGUAUAAUUACACAACAGAUGUGAAUAGUAGUAAUGAUUAUAGUGAUCAUAAUUGUAGUAGUAAUGAUUAUAGUGAUCAUAAUUGUAGUAGUAAUGAUUAUAGUGAUCAUAAUUGUAGUAGUAAUAAUUAUAGUGAUCAUAAUUGUAGUAGUAAUAAUUAUAGUGAUCAUAAUUGUAGUAGUAAUAAUUAUAGUGAUCAUAAUUGUAGUAGUAAUAAUUAUAGUGAUCAUAAUUGUAGUAGUAAUAAUUAUAGUAGUAAUAAUUAUGGUAGUAAUAAUUAUGGUAGUAAUAAUUAUAGUAGUAAUAAUUAUAGUAGUAAUAAUUAUAGUAGUAAUAAUUAUAGUUGUAAUAGUUUAUCUCCAUUUCUGAAAAAUUAUAAUAUAAAAAAAAUAAAAAAGAAAAACAAAAUUAAUGUGAUCAUUUAUAUGAUGAAAAUUUGCUUACUUACAAAAAAUUGUGCACAUGAAAUUUGUUCAAUAAACAGUUAUAAUAAUAAUUUAAAAAUAAGUAAUUAUGUAUUACAUAAGAAAAAAAAGAAAAAUAAUAAUAAUCAAAAUGUUCAUUAUGAUGAUGAUGAUGAUGAUGGUAAUGAUAAUAAUGAUGAUGAAGAAGAAAAAAGGAAAAGAAAAAAUUUUGUCAUGUUAUUAAAUUUAAAACAAAUAAGUUUAUUAUCACUUGACAUUUUAAAUAUAAAUAAUUUUUUAUAUAAUAAAAUAAAAAAGGUCUCGUUUAUUGAACCAUUUGACGUAUCAUGUUAUUAUAGUUUACAUAAUAAAAAUAAAUUCUUUAUAUAUAUAAAAGAUAAUAUAAAUAUAAAUAUAAAUACAAAUAUUAUAAAUUUCCUUUUACUUUUUAAGUAUCAUUUUUUACACAAUUAUUUUAUUUAUAAUGAAUAUAAAUUAAAAAACCCAUUCACUUUUCAAACGAUUCAUAAAAUAAAAGAUGUUAGAUGUAUACUUCCGAUAAAUUAUGAACAACCCAUUACUACAAAAGAAUACAUUAUUAUAAAAAAUUAUACAUUCUAUAAAAUUAAAUAUGAAUAUAGUAAUAAAAAUAUAGGAUAUAUAGAACCAAAUAAACAAGCAUUAAUAAUAAGUAAUAAUUUGUUUAUGUUACAUAUAUCAGAUAUUCAAAACGGAAAUAUAAAAAAACAAAUAUUCUUAAAAAAUUAUACUUUUCAAAAAGAUGAUACAUAUAAGAAUAAUAUAAUAAAUCCUAUAAAGCAUUCUAAUGAUAAACCUAUGGAUACUAUCAAAAAUAUUAAUAGCAUGAAUAAUAUCAAAAAUAUGUAUAACACAAAAAAAAUUAAUGAGAAAAACUAUUUCUAUAUAGAUAUCAGUAUACAAGAAAACAAAAAAUGUAUUAAUAUAUAUCCAUGUUUUUUUAUGUAUAUAUCGUAUGACAAAUAUAAAAGAAGGAUAAUGAACUCAUCAUUUGGUUUUGAAAAUGAGGGGAAAAAAUACGCAAGAAUGGGAACACCUGACAUAUACAAAUGUAAUAAUAAUAAUAUUAAGCACUAUAACGAUAAAUAUAACGAUAUAUAUAAUGAUAAAUAUAAUGAUAUAUAUAACAAUAAAUAUAAUGAUAUAUAUAACAACAUUUAUCGUAGUUAUCAUAACGAAAACCCUAAGGAUGUUCAUAUAAAAUUACAUUUUGUUAAUGAAAACAGUGUAAAUAUAUUCGUCGUAAAAGACGAGAAAGAAAAAAAUAUUUUUUUUAGCGUACCCUUUGAAUUUUUAAAAAAUUGUAAUUAUAUGAAGAUGAUAAUUACGAAAAAAAAUAAAGUUUACAUAAGUAAUAAAAUGAAAUAUAAUAAAAUGUUUAAAUUAAAAAAAUAUACCUUUAAAGAUAUAUAUGAUAAAACACAUGUUAUCCUUUGUAACUUUAUGUAUUUUAUUAAGAAGAAAAACACAAACAAAAACAAAAACACAAAUAAAAAUAAAAACAAGAACAAAAACACAAAUAAAAAUAAAAAAAGAAAAAAAGAAAAAAAAAAUUCAGAAGAAAACACAUCAUUGGAUUACUCAUCCAAUUUUACAAAAGACCUUAGUAGCGAUUGUUCAAAUGAAAUGUAUAAGAAAAAUAUAACAUAUGAUAUAAAUGAAGAGAACAAAGUCGAAAGAAAAAAAGAAAAUAAAUAUCUUAAAAAUAAUGUAAUAAAAAAUAAUAUAUCAGAUCAAAUUAUAUAUCAUGAUCAUAAAGAUAAUGAUACAAAUUUCAAAAGUGAAGAUAAGUACAACAUGAUUUGUAAUGGGAAUAAUAAUUAUGAUAAUUAUUAUAAUAUAUGUGAUGAGAUGAAAUAUAAAAAAGAGGAUAGAAAUAAUAAAAUAAAAAAUAAUGAAGAAAAUAAAUAUAUAGAAAAAAAAAAAAAAAAAAAAAAAUAUUCCAAAAUAUUUAGUAUAUAUAAAAUAUUACAGAACAGUAUUAAUAUAAUAUCUAUUCAACAUUGUAUAAAAUUAAUAAACUUAACUCCGUUUAAAAUAAAUGUAUUAUUAAAAAAAGAGAAAGGAAGUAUUAAGACAUAUAAUAUUGGAAGUUUUGAUUAUGUAAAUGUAUACGACUUUUGCUUUCUUGAGAAUAUUAUUUUAAAUUUUAGUUUAUCUUUUUAUAGACAAUGGAUUCGAUUUAUAAAAAUAAAGAAUGAAGAUUUUUUUAAGGAAAACGAAAAUGAUGUUGAUAAUUAUGAUAUGUAUAAUUCGCGUUAUCAUUUUUUUGAAUCUUCAGCAAAUGAAAAGAAAAGGAGGAAAAUAAAAAGGGUGCUAAAAGAUGAGGAUUGGGAAGACGAAGAUAAUAAUAAUAAUGAUAAUUAUAAUUAUAAUAAUUAUAAUAAUAAUUAUAAUAAUAAUUAUAAUAAUGAUAAUAAUUGUGAUUAUUAUGAUGAAGAAAAGGGAGAAAUGAACCCGAUUUUAUUUUAUGAAAUUAUAAAAUUCCAGAAUCUAUAUUUUAUUAUAUAUGUAUAUUUUUUUAAACAUUCUUAUAAUAUUACAUUUGUAAGUAAAUAUAAUAUUUAUAAUUAUACAAGAAACAUUUUAUAUUAUCAUAUAAUAUAUGAUCAUGAAGAAGAGAACCAAUGUUUAGACGAUAUUAUUUUUACAUGUGAACUUAAAAAACAUGAAUUAAAAAAUAUAUAUACAAAAUAUAAAGAAAAUGUAUUUGAAAUAUAUCCCUUUUUAGAUAAUAAUAUUCAUGUAAAUAAAAAUUAUAUAAAUUUAAUAAAGAAAACAAAUUCGAAACAAGAAAAACAAAAUAUCUUUUAUAUCAAAAAUUAUUGUUUUAAUCAUCGUUUUGUAAUUCAUAAUAAUGAUACCUUAAAUAUAAAUACAGACGCAUGUGAUGUAAAUAAAACAUUCUCCAAAGUCUUAUUAAUAAAUGAUAAAUAUAUAACAAUUAAUAUUAAAACAUUCAACUUUCAUUCUUUUCGUAUUUCAUUUAUUCAAUUUUAUCCGUAUCUUGUUUUAAUUAAUUUAACCAAAUAUAAUUUCGAAAUGAAAUUAAAAAAUUAUGAAACCUUAGAAAAAAUACACGCAAGCAAAAUGAAAAAAAAAGAACAGCAAAGGGAAAAAGAUAAGGAAAAAAAUAUAUUUAUACAUAACCAUUAUAACAACAAUCUAGAUCAUUAUAAAAAUAAUAAUUACUUUACUUUAAAUCUUAAUAAGUAUAACAUAAAUAGAAACAAUCCAAAUUCAUCCAUUUUUUCUUAUGAUAGUAGUGAAAGCGAAAAUCUUAAUUUUAGUGAUUAUACACAAUGCUCACUUUCAAGUGAUGAAUAUGAAGAAGAACAAACUUAUUAUGAUUUAUUCAUAAAUAAUAAUUUGAAUUCAAAUAUACACACAAAUAUGUAUAAUAAUAAAAAGAAAGUUACAUAUAAAAAAAAAAAAAAAAAAAAAAAACAUUUAAAAAAAAAUAUACACAAAAUUACACACUUCUUUCAAAACCAUAAGAAAUAUAAGGAUAAAGAAGCACAAUAUUGUAAAAUUCUUAAUACUAUGAAUAUGCAAGAAUUAAACAUUAAAAAUAAAUCCACGUGGGAUUUCGUAAGCUUCAAAAUUACCAAAAAAGAAAAUAAUUAUAAUAUUGAACAAGAAAACCAAGAUAAUAAAUCGGAGGAAAAAAAUGAUAUAAUAUGUGUGAGAAAUGAAGAAAAGAAAAGUGAAAUAGCAAAUUUUGGAUCAGCCCUCAAAAUAUUGAAAAAGACUUCAAGUUAUUAUAAGAAUAGUAUAAUGAAAAUAUAUAAGAAAAAAAAUAUAAGAUGUGAAUAUAUAAAAAUACAUAAAAAUAUGAAUAAAUAUUUUUAUAUAUAUAAAUAUAUUCAAAUAUUAACAAAAGAAAAUCAAAUUCUAACAUUUAUAAAAGAACGUUUAUUUUAUAUCGUAUCAAUAGAAAAGGAUAAAAGACAUUAUAUAUGUAUAAAAAAAGUUCCUUAUAAUAGUCAUUAUAAACAUAUAUAUGAGUUUGAAAAAAAUUUCUUAUCACUUGAAAAUAUAUUAAAAAGGAAUGACAUCAUGUUGUGUGACAAAAACAGGGAAGAUUCAAAAUAUAAGGAUCACCAAAUAUUAAAUUCGGAGGAAAAAAAUAAAGUAAAUAGUAAUGUGAUGCAAAAAGAAAAUGUUCAAGGAAAAAAUAGUGUAAUAAAUAGUUUAAAUGAACAAGUAAGAAAACAGCAAUGUUAUGAUAAAAAUUGUAUACAUAAUAAUGAUAAUAUUAACAAAAAUGAAAAUAUUAUUAAUAAUAAUAAUAAUGUGGGGGAAAGGAAAUACCUUCAUUGUAAAGAAUAUUAUGAAAAAAAAAAGAAUUUACUAAGUUUUUAUAAUUAUAAAAUUAUAGAUGAAUUAUCCUGUGAUAAUGAUUCUGAUGAAGAUUGCAUAGAUAAAUAUAAUAAUAUUUUAAAAAAAUUGAAAUUAGAUAUUACAUCUGUUUUAAAAAAUAAUACUUUAGAUGUUAUAUUAAAUAAUAUUAAAGAAAUUAUUAAUGAAAAAAUAAUAAAAGAAGGGAAAAUUUUUUUAUUUAAUAAUUUAGGAAUACCUUUUUUUUUUAGUACAUUAAAAAGUAAAUAUCUUACAUAUGUUAAUACAAAAUAUGUAUAUUUUAAAGAGAAAAAACAUUUUUAUUUCUAUUUCCCAAAAUUUCUUUUAAUAAAUAAAAAAUUAAAGUUAUUAUUUAAAAUAAAUGAAAAUGUGUGUAAAUAUUAUUCUAUACGAAAUUAUAUACAUUUAAAAAAAAAUGAAAAGCUAUUUCCAAAUUUUCAUAUAAUGAAAUUUAAUUUAGUGUGUAAUAUAGUGUCAUCCUUUUUUUUCUAUUCAUUUAUUUUAAAAAAAAAAAAAAUCAGACAUAAAAGGUUUAAGUGUUUGAACGACGUGAAGGAAGAAGCAAAUAUGUGUGGCAAAAAAAAUAAUGCAUGUACAAAACAAAAUGAUGCGUGUAGAAAACAAAAUAAUGCGUGUAGAAAACAAAAUGAUGCGUGUAGAAAACAAAGUAAUGUGUGUGGCGAACAAAAUAAUGAAGAUGAAGAUGAAAUAAUAUACUAUGAACUAUAUUUAGUAAAAUUUUAUUGUGAUAUAAUUUUGAAUAAGAAUAACGAAAUGAAUAUUAUUAUAAAUGGGCUAAAGCACUGUACAUUUCUAAAGAAUAUUUUAUCGCUAGAUUAUUUUUUUUAUUUUAUGAGAAAUAAAGAAUUAGAAAAAAUAUGGGCCUCAUCAAAUUUUUAUGAGAAAAAAUAUUUAUUACAGAAUAUAAGAAGAAAAAAUAAUUAUAAUAAUAAUAAUAAUAAUUUUAAUAAUAAUAAUAAUAAUAAUAAUUAUAAUAAUUAUAAUAAUUAUAAUCAUAAUAAUCAUCGUAAGAACAAUAUUAUAUAUACGAAUAAUUUAUAUGGUUUAAAUGUAUCUGAUUUAAUGAAUAUGAAAAUAUAUAUAAAAAGUGUUAAUAUCAUAUUUAAUUUCGAUCAAACAUCAUCAUCAAGUAAUACAAAUAUAAUGGACAAUAUUCUUCAGAAAAUUAAUUUUAAUAAAAUAUAUUUAAAUUUUUAUACCUUCCAAUAUUUAAAUAAUAAUACAUUGCUAAAGAAAAAACGUUGUAUUGAAUUUCUAGAUUUAUUUUCUUCGAAUAAAAGAACUAGAAAAAUAAUAAAAAAAACCAAGAAAAGGAAAUUUUUUUUUAGAAGAAAUAGUAAGGAUUCGAAUUAUUUAAAUUUAAAUAAUUAUACCAUAUUAGACAAAGAUAAAUUAUUAUCAUUAUAUGAUUUGAGGAAAAGGAAAGAAAAUUUUAUAUUAGACAACCUAUCUAUUUAUAAUAAUAUUAAUAGUAAUUAUUAUGUUGAUAGACAAGAAAAUUGUGUUAUGGAUACCUCUUAUAAUAAUAAUAAUAAUAAUAAUAAUAAUAAAAGAAAUGAUUAUAAUAUAUAUGAUCCCUAUAUUGAUAAAAAACGUAUUUCGAAGGAUUCAUCUUUAUAUUAUGUAUAUUCUGAUGAUUCAAGUGAAUAUUUAACCAACGCCUUAAUGAAUACUGGAAUUAGUACAUCCCCAAUAAUGAAUCCUAACAAUGGUUAUAAUGAUAUACAAUCAAUUUAUAUGUAUAAUGAUGAUCAUCAUCAUGAACAUGAUGAUAAUAAUAAUAAUAAUAAUAAUAAUAAUAUGGUUAAUAAUUAUCAUCCUAUUUAUAAACGAUCCCAUUUAUUAUCAAAACGAAAUACGAACAAUACCUUAUACGAUAUAUAUAAGAUGCUUAAAAAUAAUACUUACUCAUGUCAUUAUUAUUCUUAUAUAUUUAAUGGAUAUAUGAGAAAUAUUAAACUAUAUAAAUAUCUUUUUAAUUUAUUAAGAAGUCGUGUUCUUGCGGUGUGCAUAAAUUAUUCUGAUUUUUAUAAAAAAUGUUCUAUAUUAAUUGAUAAUAUGAGUGUGAGCAAAAUUAAUUUAUAUGAUAAAAAAGAAUUUGGAUAUAAAUAUACCUUGUUAACAAAAUAUAAUGAUCAAGACAAUUUUAUAAAUAUUAAUUUUGAUUUAUAUAAACAACGAUAUAUGAAAUAUAAACAUAUAUAUAAUACAUUAAAUAUAUUACACGUAUGCUCACAUUUAAAACAGUUUACAAGAAAAAAAGAAAAGAAAAAAUUACUAGAAAAAUUUGAUGAUCCUGAUUUAAUAAGGAAAAAAAAAAAUGAUAAUAUGCAGAUAAUGGAUUCAAAUAAUUUUAUUCGUAAUCGUGAAAAUGCUUUAUUAUAUAAUGCAUAUUAUUAUUAUAAAAAGGAAAAAAUAGAUAACCAACAUGUAUGGAAAGAUAGCAAAUAUAAUCAUAUUAGUAAUAAUAUUAGUAGUAAUAAUAUUAGUAAUUAUAAGGAACUUGACACAGAUAAAAAGAAACCUCUAAAAAAGAAUUACAAAAUUGAUAAUCUUAUAAAUUUUAUUGAAAAUAUUAAAGAAAAAAAAUUAGGUGUAGUAUUAUCAAAUCAUAAUGAACAGAUCAAAAAAAAAAAUACGAAAAAAAAAAAAGAAAUAAUAAAAAACCUCACCAUCGAAAUAGCAAGCUUAAAUCUUACAUUAGAUUAUAAUUACUUUUUAAAUAUACUACCAUUAUAUUAUGAACAUUUCCGUAAAAAAAUACAUUAUUAUAAUUUAAUAGAUAUUAUGAAAUGUGAAGAAAAAAAACAUUUAAAUAUUUAUAAUAAUAUAAUAAAAAUAAUUUAUUAUAAUUAUGGCAAUAAUGAAAUAAUAGAAAAAUUAAAUAAAAUGGAACUUUAUAGUUUUCAUAAAAAUAUUCUUAUAUGUACAGAAAUGAAACAAAAGAACUUUUUAUUAUAUAUAUAUGAUUUAGAUAUCAAAAAAACAAAGAUAUAUAUUAAUGUUAAUUAUAUAUUAAAAUUAUUUCUAACCAAAAAUUUCUUAAUGAAUGUAUCAGCUAUAACAAUUAGUAAUAAAAAGAAAAAAAAUAUAUCUUAUAUUUUAAAAAAAAUUAAAAAAAUAUAUUUUUAUAAUUAUAUAAGUAUAUUCUUUUAUCUAUUAAAAAAUAUUGAUAUAUCAUCAGAACAUACUUCAUAUACAAUGUUAAACUUUUUAAAUUUCUUGGAAUAUUUCUUAAAAAAUAAUUUACAACAACUCUCUCCUUUACAUAAUCUAUAUAGUUUUGUAGUUACACUAAAAUAUAAUUAUGAACAUAAACUUGAUAAUAACACAAAAGCUGCAAUUAACCAAGAAAAUUUACAAAUUAAUAAACAAAGAAAUAGUUUUCUUAAUGCUGAAAAUAAUGCACUCUUGUUUUUCUCCGAAAAUUAUUCUCACAAUAUAUGGAAACUAGAAGCAAAUUAUAAAAAGAAAAAAAUUAAAAAGAAAGAAAAGGAGAAGAAGGAGAAGGAGAAAGAGAAGGAAAAGGAAAAGGACAAAUAUAAGGACCAACAAAAGAAGGACAAACAAAAUCUUGCACAAGUAACAAAAGAUAGAAAAAGGGGACUAGGAUUAAGGAGAACAGGAACGGAAGACACGUCGCAAGAAGGGGGUCAUAUAUAUGAUGAUGAUGAAGAAGAAGAAGAAGAAGAUCAUUCUAAUAAUACAUAUUUGAAAAACUUCUUUACCUUUAAUUAUUCAAAUAUAUUCCCCAAAUUAUUAUCUACCAGUUCUUAUAUACACAAAAAGGAAGAAGAAGAUCAAGUAAAUGCAUAUUCCAGUGAACAAAAUAUUAUGAACAAAAUACUUAGUAUGCAUAAAAAGGAAAAGCAAAUUACAAAGAAUAAAAAUUACAAUUAUAACGAACAAGAAAUUGACGGUGGACAAGGAGUAUAUUAUAAUUUAUAUAAUAAUAAAACGAAACCUUUUCUUAGACCAACUUCUGAACAACACCAAAUUAUGGAUGAACCUGUUUCAUAUGUAAAACGACAUACCCGCCAUAUUAGGAAUGAUUAUGAAGAAUUAUUAGCAUAUAAAACAAAUAAUGAAAUGUUACUUCGAGAAAAUGAAAAAAGGAAGAAGAAAAAGAAAAAGAAAAAGAAAAAAAAAACUCAAGCACCAAAUGUAACACAUAUAUCAUUUACACACAAUUUGAAUAUAACCAAGGGAAAUAUAUAA